CUCUUCAGGAGUAACCGAGUGUUCCAGAAAAGAAUGACUUGUGCUUUUGACAGAGACUGCAGAGCGAGCGCUGAAAAGAGAGAGAAAAGCAGCCUAAAAUUGAUGCAAGAUAUAUGUUGGGGAAAGGAGGAAAGCGGAAGUUUGACGAGCAUGAAGAUGGGCUGGAAGGCAAAGUGGUGUCUCCCACUGACGGUCCCUCUAAGGUGUCUUACACCUUACAGCGUCAGACUAUCUUCAACAUUUCCCUUAUGAAACUUUAUAACCACAGGCCAUUAACCGAGCCCAGCUUGCAAAAGACAGUUCUAAUUAACAACAUGUUGAGGCGAAUCCAGGAGGAACUCAAACAAGAAGGCAGCUUGAGGCCCGUCUUCGUCACCGCUUCCCAGCCCGCCGACCCGCUGGGGGACAACUUCCGCGAGGCCCAGCCGGCCUUCAGCCAUCUGGCCUCCCAGCCCCUUCUCCCCGCCGACCUGGUAAGCACUACGCCCCUGGAGUCCUGCCUCACCCCGGCCUCCUUGCUGGAGGACGACACUUUUUGCACUUCCCCGACGGUCCAGCACGAUGGUCUGACGAAACCGCCACCUCCUGCUCUCCAACCAGUAAAGGACAGCUUCUCCUCAGCCUUGGACGAAAUCGAGGAGCUUUGUCCAGCACCUACCUCCGCAGAGGCAGUAGCAGCCCCAGCAGCAGCCGCCGCCGCCGGUGACUCUAAAGACCACCCCAACGAGUCCAACGGCCAAAAGGCCGAGGGCCUCUCGGAGAGCAGAACGGCCGAGUCGAAACUCAUGGACCCCCUGCCCGGCAACUUCGAGAUCACCACUUCCACGGGUUUCCUCACAGACUUGACCCUGGAUGACAUUCUCUUCGCCGACAUCGACACGUCCAUGUAUGAUUUCGACCCUUGCACGUCCGCCACGGGGGCCGCCUCCAAAAUGGCGCCCGUCUCGGCAGACGAGCUCCUAAAAACCCUGGCUCCCUACAGCAGCCAGCCAGUAACUCCAAAUCAGCCUUUCAAAAUGGACCUCACAGAACUGGAUCACAUCAUGGAGGUGCUCGUUGGGUCUUAAAAAUAGAGAAAUAUAGCAACUUUUUUUUUUUUUUUUAAUUAAUUUUAAGUACCAGUAUAUACACUCGGUAGGAUUUCCAUAGUUCCCUCCCAGCCCCCGAUUCACAGCACUGUGCAUGCGUCCUUGCUUGCCUUUUUGGAAAAGAAAAGGAUCACACACUAGUUUUUUGCUUCGAGCAGAGUUGGAGUGCCUUCAUCCAUGUAUGACCACUUCUAAUGUAUUUUUUUUUAAAGUGGUUCCUCACGGAAGACCGAAUAUCCUGGUAUAAGGAAAGAAUUAUGUAUCGUAGACGACGUUAUGUUAUUACAAAAACAGGAAAAAAAAAAAAAGAGAAAAAAAAAAUUGUCAGAGCUAAGCACAAGGAUUAUGUUGGGGAAAGCUGUAAAUUGCAUGUGCAUAUUUGUCUAUUUUUUCUAUAAGUUUUAUUGCAAGAGGUAAAAAAAGUUUUAUUAUUUAGAUAAUCUCAAUACCAUUUUAGCCCCGUAUAGGUUGACUUUAGCAAUUCAGCCUUUGGGAGGCAUUAACCUGCUCCUCUUUAAGUGUUGCAUUUACAUGGCUGUUUAGAAACUGCUGCCCAAAUUUAUUUUAUAUUUUUGUACAGAUUCUGCAGUUUAUGAUAUUGUUUUUUCUAAAAACAAAUGCUGUUUAUACACACAAAAAAAAAAAAAGAAAAAAAAAUAGCUAUUUUGAUAGGAUUUGCUCACAUAGUUCCUGCAUAAUUCAGAUGUACAAGAACCACUUGUACUUUUAUACAGAGUUGUAACGUUUUAUAUGUGUAUGGUGCAAAGAGAAAAAUCGGAUCAAAUAAGCCUGCAGUUGGUUUCCCUGAAUGCAAACAAACAAAAAAACAAACAAAAAGAAGUGCUUUAAGAAAGGGCUGGGAGCUGAUUCCCCCAGGAGUGUCACGAGUGUUUGCUCCCCGCCGUCCCCACUGCGCACUACUGUGAUUCCCCACACUCAGAGCCAUGUCCUUUCUCCAACGCCAAGCCCUUGGCAGGAAAAAAAAACAACGCUGGUGGAACUUCACCCCCAGGAGCUGGAGCCCGUCCCACCUCCACACGGCAGAGCUUCCCUCACCCCGACGCUCCCGGUGACCGGUUCGGAGGGGUUUUGGGGUGGGGGAUUAGGGGGGGACGGAGGGGGAAAACAUGCCCAACGUCCCACUGAGAGCCAGCCCCACGGGCAGGGAUCUUCCCGACCCACGGGCAGAAGAAUUGGCCCUUUUCUUGGAGCGUUUCUCUCCUUCCCACCUCCCUGCGCUGAGUGCUGGAAUUAAAAAAAAAAAAAA